AUGGAUGAUCUUUCACUGGAAGAUCAGAGCGUUGACAACUUGUAUGCCGCACAGGAGCAGCCGUUGCCGCCGCGAGAGAUCGAGGAUGACGGGAAAUAUGGCGAGCUGAUUUUAUUAGGGUAUAAUGGACUCACUGAAUACCCGCCCGGCCAUGGUGCGAAGCGGCAACGUUCCAAAUUUGUUCUAAUGAGGAAGGGGCUAGGGAAUGGCAUCAAGAAGAUUGGGACGAUUGCCGUAUCUAUGGCGCCAAAAGACGCACCGGCGGUGCUGGACAAGGAUAGACAUGUCGUUUCGUAUGCGUACAAAUCACACACCGUCCUCGUCGAAUACGCGCUUGAUGCUGCAAAGGAUAUGUUUCAGAUUGGGCGCUCAUCAGAGGAGCAGAUCGACUUCACGAUCGUUGAUACCUGGUUAGGGGCUGGCCACCAUAUGCAUCAAGUAAAAACAUCGAAAGGAGAUAAGGAGCCUCGUCAGAUAUCAUCAACAAUAUCGAGGUAUGCAUGCAGAAUUCUUGUUGACCGAGAGAAUUCCAACAAGGCAUACCUUUAUGCAGCUGGUUUCGACUCGAAGCGGAACAUCUUCCUGGGAGAAAAGGCGACGAAAUGGAGCAAGAGCAAAGGCGCCGAGGUUGACGGGCUAACAACGAACGGCGUGCUCAUCCUCCACCCGAGCCACAGCUUGGAGGACGACGAGGAUAAACCAUACGUUUGGCGAGAGGUAUCUGUGGAUGGUGAAGUCUAUUCGUUGCGCGAAACAAGGAGCAGCAAUUCACGCGGCGACAUGAUUCCCGAAGAAACAAAUAUGCUACAGGACGGCACUUUAAUCGAUCUAUGUGGCGCGACGCUGCUUUACCGGACCGCUGACGGCCUCGCCCGAAGCCCAAACGAGCGCGAGCUGGAGAUGUCUCUGAACCGCUUGAAUGCUGGCAAGCCCCAGUGCCCGGUGAAUUUGAAUACAUUGGUGAUCCCGAAGAAGAAGGAUAAAAAGAUCCGAGAGGAUAGCCGCCAACCAUACGUCUAUCUGCGAUGUGGUCACGUGCAGGGAAAGCACGAUUGGGGUCUACAGAUCAGCGCCGGGGGCACUAAAACUACGCAUAAAUGUCCUGUAUGUCUGAUUGAAAGUGAACGGGUAUUGCCGUUGACGAUGGGCAUGGAAUCUGCGUUUCACAUCGAUUCUGGGAGCCUGGACUACGCCUUUAACCCUUGUGGACAUGUUGCUUCACAGCGAACAGUAAAAUACUGGUCACGAAUCCCGCUUCCGCACGGGACCAACUCUUUCUACCCGGUGUGCCCGUUCUGCAGUACAAUAUUGGCCUACAAAAAGCCAUACGCGCGGCUCAUCUUCCAGGACCAUCUUGGCAUA